CCAAGCAAUCUCCCAUGGCGGAAGAAGAGAUUGAACCCUACUGCAAGUGGCGUAGGGGCCUAACGUGUGACAAUCUUGAGGUUGAUCGUCAUGGGUUUGAAGAAGAUCAAAUAAGGACGACUCCCAACGAUCGUGGGAUGUUUACAAUCAGAGGACGACGUCGGUUGGAUGGAACCUUAAAAAGAUGGAAAAGCUUAAACAAAGAGAUAGAAAUCCCAAGAGGUUUAAAGAAAGAAGAUAUAACAACUAAUUUCAACGGUGGCAUUCUUCAUGUAACGAUCCCUAAGAAAAAUCCGUUCCUUGCUGCAUUUUAUCAUCUUGGAUUAAAGAUAACUGCGGGAGUCUUAACGGCCGUUGCUUUCGGAAUGGUUCUUGCAGCUGUAAUAUAUUGGAAAUGUAAUUGA